AUGGCGGCAUCCAGCAAUGACGCUUCCAAAUCUGCUAUGGCUAACAGCAAUGUCACCACAGAGGUAGCACAGACUCCCAGUAAAGAGCAGGAUGUCAACGGGGAGGUCGAGGCGACCGAGGAGGACGGUGCGAAUGGCCAGCUGCCAGACAACAUCUUCCAAAUCAAGAUCAAGCUGCCCCACGAGCCAUUCGAGAUUCCGAUGACGAUAUCGACGGCCGAGCAGGUACAGGACCUCCGCCAGUCCAUCAUCGAGAUGCCGAACACCUUCCAGUACUCCUGCUUCCACCUCGAGCACAAGGGACAACGCAUCAACGAUUUCGUCGACCUGUCCGAGGUUCCAGAGCUUGGCCCAGAUUCAGUUCUUGAGGUCAAGGAGGAUCCAUACAACGAGAAGGAGGCCCGGUUACAUGUCAUCCGCGUGCGAGAGCUCAUUGGCGCUGCCGGCGACCGCACUGAUGCGCUGCACGGCAUCAUGGCUGGUCUUUCGCUGCACGACACCGUGGGCUUGGACCAGUCAGGGAAGCCCAAGGAGGACGGCCCUGAGCAAUCGCCGCUGGCAGACUACGACUUCAAGUCUUCGGGAGCAAUCAAAAACUUGCUGCCUCCACCACAGGAACCCGCGCCCAAGUGCAUAAAGUCGAUCGCUCUGUCCGCAUGGAAUCCACCGCCGUACCACCUGCGAACCAAGGGCCAUCUCCUGUACCUUGUCGCCAUGACCAACGAGAACGAGCAGCACCAUAUCACCAGCCACGUCACAGGUUUCUACGUUAACAAGUCGUCGAACGCCAGCUUUGAUCCCGCGCCGCGACAGGGUCCAAAAGCCCUGCACGCUCAUUCGCUGCUCACUCUGCUCGAGAAACUUUCGCCUUCUUUCGAAGCGUCGUUCCAGCAAUUGCUUGAGCACAACGCGAAGAAGGAGCUCCUCACCAUCUUCCAGCUCUCGAAUGCGAUCCCAGCCAACCCCUGGUUGGUUCCGCCACCAACAUCCUCCCUCACCACACAUCAGCCAGACCUUGCGCGGACACAGGAGAGCUACCUCAUCUCGGGCGUCGAGAACACUGACACCCUCCGCGAUUGGAAUGAAGAGUUCCAGUCAACGCGAGAGAUGCCCAAGGAGGCUGUUCACGACCGUGUCUUCCGCGAGCGUCUUACCUCGAAGCUUUUCGCCGAUUACAACGAUGCUGCAACUCGCGGUGCGAUGCUCGUAGCUCGUGGAGAAAUCGCACCCCUGAACCCCACUGAGGCCAAGGAUGCGCAGAUCUUCGUCUACAACAACAUCUUCUACUCCUUCGGUGCGGACGGCGUUGGCACUUUCGGCACUGAGGGCGGUGAUGAGGCUGCCCGCGUAGCUGUGGGCAAGGAUGUUAUCGGUGUGCGAGCAGUCAACAACCUCGACAUCCCCAACCUCUUCACUUCAGGAACCGUUGUCGUGGACUUCCUUGGAAAGCGUAUUGUUGGUCAGAGCAUCGUACCUGGUAUUUUCAAGCAGCGGGAUCCCGGAGAGCACCAGAUCGACUAUGGUGCGGUUGAGGGUAAGGAGAUUGUUGCGGACGACAAGUCGUUCGUGCCCCUAUUCGAGCAGCUCUCCAAGGCGCUGCGCGUCAAGAAGCAUCCCGUCUGGGACAAGGACAAUGUGCGCCACGAGCUUGAGGGAAGUGUGGAGACCAAGGGUCUUAUUGGUACCGACGGUCGACGAUACGCACUCGACCUGUACCGCCUCACACCGCUGGACGUCGCCUGGAUCGAAGCCCACUGGAGCGAGCCCAGCAAAGACGAAGACGCAAAGCCAAGCGAGAAGAACUACCCACAUCGCAUGGCAACAUUGCGCCCUGAGCUCGUCGAGUCUUAUGGCAGGUUGAAGCUGCGGGAGUAUGUCAAGAACGAGAUUGACAAGAAAGCCAACAAAGCCCGCGGCGGCCGAAGGAGGCUGCCCAAGGCACAGAAGAAGGCUGAUGCAGGAAAAGAGGUUGAUGGCGAGAAAAAGGCAGAGGCUGAGCCCGAGCAAGACCGUGUUGAUAUCUCUGGCUUCUCGUUUGCGCUGAACCCUGACGUCUUCUCUGGACAGACACCACAAUCAGACGAGGAUAAGGCAGAGUGGGCCAAGGACGAGGCCGAGGUUCGCGCUGCCUGCGACCACCUCCAGACUGAGGUGAUCCCCCGCAUGAUCACUGAGCUCAAGGAUGGCGAGGUCGGAUUCCCAAUGGACGGCCAGUCAUUGAGCUCGCUCCUUCACAAGCGCGGUGUGAACAUCCGCUACCUGGGCAAGAUCGCUGAGUUGUCUGACAAGCCUGACCCACGACUCCAGGCGCUGAAGCGUCUCAUCGUCCAGGAGAUGAUUGCUCGUGGUUUCAAGCACUUUGCCAACUCGAAGUUGCGCAAUGUCUCUGCUCCGUUCUCCGCGGCCUGUGUCGCACACUUGCUGAAUUGCCUCUUGGGCGCUGAUGCAAAUGCCAAGCCCGUCGCUGAGUGCGACGAGGAGAUCAAGCGAAUGAUCUCAACGCCCGAGGACGACUUCAGCUUUGAGAAGCUCACGCCUGAGAGCUUGAAGAAGGAAGUAAUUGCCCAGAUUGCGCUGCGAUACCGCUACGAUUUGGGUGAGUCAUGGGUUGAGUCUGGCAAAGAACUCCAGCUGCUGCGCGAGGUCUCCCUCAAGCUCGGUCUUCAGCUGCAGACCAGGCAGUACGGCUUUACCAAGGAGACGCUCACUAAUGGAGCGGCUGUCCCAACUCCUGCGGCACCACAGACCAAUGGCAGCUCCACUUCAAGCAAGAAGAAGAAGAACAAGACGAUCACACCGCCACGCGCGGACAGCCCAGCCGUCAGCCUGCCAUCGCAGACUUUCCACGCUGAUGACAUCCUCAACAUUGUUCCUGUCAUCAAGGAGGCUUCGCCGAAGAGCUUGCUCGCUGAGGAAGCUCUUGAGGCUGGCCGCAUGUCCGUGGCCCAGGAUCAGAAGGAACUUGGCCAGGAACUCUUGCUCGAGUCUCUACAGCUACACGAGCAGAUCUAUGGCGUCCUGCACCCAGAAGUCGCUCGCGCUUACCACACCUUGUCGAACCUGCUGUUCAACCUUGACGACAAGGCGUCUGCUCUCGAGCUGGCGCACAAGGCUGUCAUCGUUUCUGAGCGUACCCUUGGUGUGGACCACGCUGACACUGUCCUGGCAUACCUGAACCUUGGACUCUUUGAGCACGCCUCGGGUAACACCAAGGCUGCUCUUGUCUACGUUCGCCACGCACUUGAGCUGUGGAAGAUCAUCUACGGUGCAGACCACCCUGAUUCGAUCACCACGCUUAAUAACGCUGCGGUCAUGCUGCAAGCGAUGAAGCAGUACCACGAGUCGCGCAUCUGGUUCGAGGCAUCCCUGGCCAUCUGCGAGGACGUGUCAGGCAAGACUUCAAUCAACACUGCGACUCUGCUCUUCCAGACUGCACAGGCUCUCGCCUUGGACAAGGACAUGCGUGGUGCCGUCAACCGCAUGCGCGAGUCGUACAACAUCUUCAAGGAUGUUCUCGGCGCUGAAGACCGCAACACCAAGGAGGCCGAGAGCUGGCUAGAGCAGCUUACGCAGAGCGCCGUUAGCCAAGCGAAGCAGCUCAACGACCUCGCCAAGGGCCGCAUCCGACGCAUCCAGCUCACUGGUAGGAACCCUCUCCGCCCUGCCGCGGCCACUCCGUCCGUGAGUGACGCCGCAGCUGCAGCUGGGGGCCAGCGCACUGGUACUGGCCGGGUCGACCAGCGCAAGAUCGAGGAUCUCCUCAAGUACAUUGAGGGCGAGUCAUCAAAGACACCUACGAAGAAGCGCACUCAGAACCCGCGCAAGAGGACGCAGAAGCCGUGA